AUGGCGACGAUAAGAUCGAGACCCUAUGAGCAUAUUGGGCUGGUUCUGCCGGUGGAGCGCAAGGGGGACGAUGGUUCCUCUGUGCAGGAAGAAUGGGUAUAUACUGGUGUCCCUGCCGCAGAGCCGCAUGACCUGGACGCGAUAGAUAUCGACGAUGACGAUCACGAACCCAUCGCAAGAAGGACACGCUCGCAGAGAGCUGCCGUCGUUGCCCCUGCCCCAAGGCCGUCGCCGAAUUCCAGGCCGGCCCCGAAGGCCGCGUUGAAAGUAACACAUGAGGGGAGUGUUGCCAAAAUCGCCACGCAGGGUUUUCUGGCUAUGGACUUGGUCCAAAGGAAUGUCACUCUGGUCCAGUCCAUCGCCAAUGAGAAGCUGUACGCCAACAAGAUACUCUGCGACCUGGACAUUUCGACUUGGCCCGGGGCAAGGGCUGUGCUGCCGGAGGUGGACUGUUUUCCCAGUCUCCGAUUCUGGCAAUAUUGCAACGGCGGGGAUUUGAGGAAUCUUAUACACUUAUACCGUCAGUAUGAUAACACCAUUCCCGAGAUCUUCAUCUGGCACGUAGCUGAACGGCUCACCACGGCGCUGGCAUUCCUGAAGCAUGGCGUGUACCCGGGCGAGGACUGGGACCACAGGCCGGCGGCGUGGACGCCCAUCUACCACAACGACCUGCACCCCCACAACGUCUUCAUCCACUACCCGGACGUCCACGGCCAGGUGCCGGCGGCCGGGGCGGUGGGCGAAGCCUUCCCGGCCAUUGUCUUGGCCGACUUUGGCCUGGCCAGGGUCCAGGGCGAUGAGCCAGACUCCGAGUUCUUAUGGGGGAACGUCUUCACGAUGGGCGGGCUGCUGCGCGAUAUGGCCCAAAGCCACAUCCCCGUCAACGAGGACGGCCUGCAAGACCCUGUGUUGCCCGCUAACAGGACGACGGUGGUGGCCGCGAUGAGCCGGGCUACUGAGCCCAACUACUACCUGCCCAUGUACGUGUCGUGGACGAAGCCGCAGCAGCUGAUGCCCGUCGUGGUUUCGCCGGGGAACCUGACCCCCUUCGACCAGACGGCGGGGGCCGACGACGUCGAGGACGAGUGGGAUCCCGCGAUGGAGCAGAAUACGGAUUUGGUAUGGGUGAGCAAUGGGAUGGCGAAACUGCACUGGCUGCGUCGCUUUCACAACGUGCGUCCGCGCUAUCAGUUCCGGUCCCUGGGUUACGGGACCCCACAGCUGGGCCCCGUGAGGCGUGGCGUUCGAGAUGAUUAA